GCUGCCUAGGCUGAGCAGCACAAAGGACUGGGGGAGAAAGCUGCAUCCAUCUCUGCAUUGGAAGAAUCCACUGGAUUGGGAGAAGAAGACCAACGCCACAGGCUCCAUUACCCACGUCUGCUCAGAGACCCAGACCGAGACUGCGCACAGCCAGAAAAAAAUAGAGAGAGAUAUUUCAGGAUGUAGAGAGAGAGAGGGAUAGAUACAGGGAGAGUCAUAGAUUUAGCACAAAAGAUAUAGAUAAAUAUAGAUUUGUAUAUAGACGGGAGGCAAAACAGGGCCGGUGCUACCUGCUGGGAGGUGCAAUGAGGCUGUGUUAUCGAUACUGGCCAGACGCAGGUUGCAGCAACAGCAGCAGCAGCAGGGCAUUCCUCCGGCUGGAUGUCUGUUAUUCUGAGGCAGUGCUGUGAGUGGUGCGUAGUACCACCAAAUCCAGCACGACUGUGGCGGGGGAGAAAAUCUCUGACAUGCCCACGGAGAUGCUUCAGUCAGAAGGCGUGGGCAAGGAUGUCACCCUACCUGCUGCCACAGCCGGCCCGGCUCAACCCGGCGCGGUGCCAUUGCGGAUCCUCAACAAGGGGCCUGAAUACUUCCGCAGGCAGGCCGCAGAGCAGCACCAACCCCAUCGUAUGAGCGCCGUGGAGAGGCUAGAGGCGGACAAGGCCAAGUACGUGAAGAGCCAAGAGGUGAUCAACGCCAAGCAGGAGCCUGUGACGGCUGCUCUACUCCUGCCCAGCCCUCCUGGACCCCCUGGUGGCCCUGCAUAUGGUCCCAAGAGAGCUGGCAGCAGCCCUGCCCUCAAAGCCUCCAACAAAAACAACGGUAAAUCUGAUGUGGGCCAAGCCAAGCGUGCCAACCUCAAUUUAGAGAUCCUGCGGAAUCUUCUCAACAGUUCAGAGAGUUGCAUGGCGGGCCAGGGGAAUGGGGCGAGGAGCUGGGCCCCACAGCGCUCCCGGUCCAGCGAGCUUCACCGCCGCUCCUUUGCUGAGUCGCUGCGGGUGUUCCCCACGCAGGGUGCCAACCUCAACCUGAGCGCCAGCCUUCUGCAGGAGCGGCCUGUCGAGGGCCUGCUGCACCUCUCACUCAGCUCCUCAGACUUGCGUUUGCCCCUCCGUGUGAAACCCGGCAUUAGCGGUGGCUCCGGCCCGCCACCGCCACCCAAACCCCAUGCCUCUGUUCCCCGGAGACCAUCCCUGAACCGGUCCAAAUCUGACCUGAGUGAGCGCUAUGCCCGGGCAGGCGCUGACGUGGAGCGCUUCUUUAACUACUGUGGGCUGGACCCCGGGGAGCUGGAGGGCCUCGGUGUGGUGGAGAGCUUUGCCCGUGCCAACUCCGACCUCCUCUCCCUCAACUUCCGCAGCGCCAGCAUGAUCAGCUCCGACUGCGAGCGAUCGCUGCAUAGCAACGACAACCUGACAGACGACGCGGAUUCGGCUGAGCGCGUCCCCUACGGAAUAUCUGCCGUCGAGCGCAAUGCACGCGUUAUCAAAUGGCUGUAUAGCAUCAAACAUGCACGAGAGUCUCAGAAAGUCUCCCAUGUUUGAGAGGACUCAAGCUUUAUUAGGUCAUGAUUAGCGGAACUAGCUACAAAAGGCAUUCAUAACCCCAUCCAUAAGCACUAAAUAAAUAUAAAUACUAUAUAGGUAUUUGAUAAACGCUUUGUGAUGUAUUGAACAUAGCAUCUUACAGUGCAUUUAUGUGAAAGUAUAAUAUCAUUAUUGAUAUUUUUGAACCAUUUGUAAAUCAAUAGUAAACUAUAAAUCAUCAUGUAUUCUGCAUUUGCUUAUUUAUUAACAGUAAGUUAAUACAAUUGAAUUAUUUUUUAUUCAUUAUCAUGCCAGAUGUCAUAGCACUAAUGUCACUCAUGAAGACAUCCAGAAACACUAUGAAAUAUCUACAUGAUAAAGAAACGUAAAAUGUGUAAACAUUAAACACUUGUUGGAGUACAUGCAUAUGUAUAGUAAAACAUGCAUAUGUAUAGUAAAACAUGCAUAUGUAUAGUAAAACAUGCAUAUGUAUAGUAAAACAUGCAUAUGUAUAGUAAAACAUGCAUAUGUAUAGUAAAACAUGCAUAUGUAUAGUAAAACAUGCAUAUGUAUAGUAAAACAUGCAUAUGUAUAGUAAAACAUGCAUAUGUAUAGUAAAACAUGCAUAUGUAUAGUAAAACAUGUAUAUGUGUAAAGUAUGUCUUGAAUCAUCGACAACAGGCCUUAUACUGUAUAAAGGUAAACACGGUUAUAUGGAUUAGUGUUUAUAAGAAUUUCAAAAGCAGGCAUUCAAAUAGAAAUGUUUCCAAUUACAGAACCUUCCCACACUUCAAAUUUGGACCUAAGGACUGCUAACCAAAGUUCCAACGAAAGGACAAGACAUACCUACCCGCUGGUGGCAGUCCUAACGCCUCUGACCACAGAACAUUAGCCUUCCUUUUCUUUUUAUUUCCCUACGGUUCUACAUGUUGAAUCGACACCGUUCGUUGACACCCAGCAGGUGAUCUACUGCGCACGGCCAACAUUCGUGUUGGUCUGUCUUGUCCUUUAAGGAUAAGAUGCACUAUAGGGUGAUGCUAUGUCAAACUGUGACGUUUUCAUACGGUAACCCUAUAUACUGCUGUUUCAUCAUGUUUACCUAGUGCUUACAGUAAGGUUGUAAAUGCUCCCUGUAGACACAGUGGAUGUAAUUCAUUAUCCAUUAUGCAUUAUUUGAUCUACAAUAGGUAUUUGUGGUCCUGAAAACAUUGUCCUGUCAGCCUGCAUGCUUCCCCAAACCUGCAGUUCUCAGACAGAACCUUGAUUUUAAGAUGGCUGCUGUAGUACCUUACUAUCUUUAUAAAAAAAAACGGGGGAAAAAAAUGAGUUAAGCAGCAUUGGCACAGUCAGCAUUGUCUGGGUACAUGGACUGUUACUCAAAGUCAUUCCCGAGGCUGAGCGCAUUAUGUCCUGCUAUUUGCACUUCAGUGUUGAUGCUUUGCUCCUGUGUGCUUUGAUCAAUACCCGCGUGUGUGUCUGUGUCCAAGCGCUGUGUGAAUAUAAACUCUUUAGCUGGCAAAGCAUGUUAUCAACUUCUAUUUGGUUUUGUACUGGUUCUGUAGUUCCCUCCAUGUGGUCACUGUUGUGUUCAUUUGGCGAAUUAGGACCGGAUGGUUGCGUUUGGGGACUAUUGGCUUGCUCUACGUGUCAAUGCAUCACCAAUGCAAUGUACCAGUGGCCCAAGAUCUUUUUGUAUUGUAUAAUGUAUACUGUAUAAGGACAUGCAUAGCACUUCAACUGCUACCAUAUCUAUGAAAGACUCAAUUCUGCUUGUUACUGUAUUAAAUAGCUUAUUAACUGCU